AUGCUUUUUCUGCCUUGUGGGUCGUCGGUGGCAGUCAACGGCGCGUCCACGCCCUUCCAGUAUGAUGCGAACUCCACGUUGGUGGCCUUGGACCGGUCAAAAUACCUCAACUACGAUGAGAUGACCAAAUGGCUCCAGAAAGUGGAGGAGAAUUUCCCACACAUCGCCCAGCUGCAGUCCGUCGGGAAGUCGGUACAAAAGAGGGAAUUAUGGGUGAUGAGGCUCAGCAGGAAUGUGAAGGAGAGGGAUCUGGCCGAGCCCAUGUUCAAGUGGGUGGCGAAUAUGCACGGGAAUGAGGCCUUGGGUCGUCAGUUGGUCUUGUUCCUCAUUGAAGAUCUCGUCACGAAGUACGGGAAGGAUGAGAGGGUCUCCAAGCUUCUAAAUAAUACCGAUAUUUAUAUCAUGCCAAGCAUGAACCCAGAUGGGUUUGAAAAAUCUCGGGAAGGAGUCUGUGAUCGUGGUUCUGGGAGAGAAAAUGCCAACUUUGUAGAUCUGAAUAGGAACUUCCCAAGUCAGUGGAAGCCUUACACUGAGGAAACAUUGGUUGUGGGACGGGAGCCAGAGACUCUGGCAGUGAUGACCUGGAUUGUCAGCAACCCUUUUGUUUUGUCAGGCAAUCUCCAUGGAGGAGAUUUGGUUGCUUCCUAUCCAUUUGAUGAUUCAAGGAAUGGUGAGACAGCUCCAGGGUAUAGUCUAUCUCCAGAUAAUGAUGUGAUGAUCCACCUGGCAAAGACAUAUGCUUCUCAGCACCCACAAAUGAAGAAAGGGGAAGGCUGUGAUGGAACAAUCUUCCCUGAUGGCAUUGUAAAUGGUGCUCAUUGGUAUGAUGUUGUUGGCAUCAUUCGAGACCGUGAUACCCAGAAGCCAAUAGCUGGAGCUGAAAUUAUAGUUGAUGGGAUCAAUCACAAUGUGACAUCAACAGAACAAGGUCAUCUGAAACCAAAGGUUCCUCCAGUCACUCCUGAGAAUGAAUCAAGGAAACUUUAUGACUGGCCCAGUGAGGGAUUCCAGAGUGAGCCAGUUUUCCAUCACAGGAACUUUUCUCAGCUUCAGCUUCUUCUGUAUCAUUAUGCUGAAACCAGAAGGGAUUUAGUGCGCUUAUACUCCAUUGGGAAGAGCGUAGAGGGUCGCAACCUGUGGGUCAUGGAGAUCUCUGAUAAUCCUGGGCAGCACGAACUAGGAGAGCCAGAAUUCAAGUACAUAGGGAACAUGCAUGGGGAUGAGACAGUGGGAUAUGAAAUCCUUCUUACUCUCAUUCAGCUCCUAGUUGAAGGCUAUGGACGAAAUGAUCGGAUCACAAAACUUGUUAACUCCACACGCAUUCACAUCAUGCCUACCAUGAAUCCUGAUGGCCACGAGAAGGCCUUGCAUCCUCAGAUGGGAAAUGAUGCACGUUCGAAUGCUCAUGGAGUGGAUCUGAAUAGAAACUUCCCUGACCGGCUAGACAAACCUGGGAGUCAGCAGGUUCAGGAACCAGAGACUGCAGCAGUAAUGAAAUGGAGUCAAGCUAUUCCAUUUGUUCUCUCAGCCAACAUGCAUGGUGGAACAAUUGUUGCCAACUAUCCAUUUGACAACUGUGCAGGACAAUGUCAAGACAAUUAUUCAAAGUCACCUGAUGAUGCGGCCCAUACAAAGAUGCAUGAAGGUUGUCCAUGUUCCAAAGGAGAAUGCUUCAAGGAUGGCAUCACAAAUGGGAACCAUUGGUAUGAUGUGGAUGGUGGGAUGCAAGACUGGAAUUACCUUAAUACAAAUGCAUUUGAAUUGACCAUGGAGUUGUCUUGCAUAAAGCACCCAAGCAAUGAGUCUCUCUUAUCAUACUGGCUUGACAACAAAGAAGCACUAUUGACCUACAUGGAACAAGUGCACACAGGGAUCCAUGGUUUUGUCAAAGAUGAAGAGACGGGAGAAUUCAUCAAAAGUGGCAAUGUCAGUGUUGCUGGGAUUGACCAUGUCAUCAGAGUGGCUCCUGAUGGUGACUUUUGGCGACUUCUUAUCCCAGGGAUUUACAAUGUCACAGUCUCUGCCCUUGGAUUUGACCUCAGUUAUGAACCAGAGACACAGCAGGUCAGAGUUCCAUCAUCAGGAUCAGUUCAAGUGAAUUUCACCCUGAACCCCAAUCACAUGAUCAAGUGGUCCCACCAAAAUGACUUUGGAUUGGUGGAGAAUAUGCAAGGAGAGCGCUACCUUGAUGAAAAUGAAUUGAACGAUCUGAUGUCACAAAUCCAGGAUAGGCAUCAGAAUGUCAUGGUUUUCUUCUCUGGUGGGGGUGGAUGGAGCAACUACAUCCAUGGUCUUCGGAUUUCAUCAAUAUCAAAUGAAGAUGAACACUCAGCAAAUAGCAUUGCUCUGCUAGGAGGAUUAUACGGUGGCCAGCCAAUUGGACGGGAAAUUCUCAUUCGAUUGGCAAGGCAUUUAGGGAAAGGAUAUGAGGUGAAUGAUCCUGCAGUCAUGAAAUUGCUCCAAAACCUCAUCAUUUAUAUCUUCCCCUACUUUGACAUAUCAGGCUUUGCAAAGGCUGAGCUUGGUGAAUGCACUAGCAACCCUCAAGGCGAUCUAGGAAGCAAUUUCACAAAAGCAUCUUUGCAGGAGAAUAACUUGGCUUCAGAUGCCAUCCUCAUGCUCCAAAGCUUAGACAUACAGACAUUGCUCAGUGUUGAGGCUCAUGGACGACGUGUGAGGGGGAAAGUCAUGUCCCGUGGAAAAGCAAGUGAAGUUUUGAAGAAUGCCAGUUUGGUGAUCCUUGAUUACAAUUACACUGUGCAAGUAGAUCCAAAGGAUGGUUGGUACCAUGUGGCCCUACCUCCAGGCAAAUAUCAACUGAUGGCUUCAGCAGAUGAUCAUCACGAGGACAGAACUGUGGUGGUAGUAGAAGCUGGGAAAGUGGCAAGAUAUGACUUUGAACUCAUAGGGAUGCAAUUGCCAAUCACACCCUAUCAUUCUGACAAAGCUCUGGAAGACUUCCUCCGGAAGGUUCAUAAGGAAAAUCCCAAAUACACCAAAAUGCACCUGAUUGGAUCAUCAGAGGAGAAACGGCCAAUCUGGGCCCUGGAGCUUACAGAAGAUGUUGAAAAGCUGACCCCUGCAAAGCCCAGUCAAGAGCUGAUGAUAUCCUUGAUUGAUUGGCUAUUGUUGCAUCAAGAGGACACCCGUGUCCAUCCUCUGUUAGAGGGAUUACGCAUCUUUGUGGUCCCAUCUCUAAAUCCAGAUGGAGCUUAUAGAGCCCUUGAUCAUUAUGGUCUAUGCAACUCUUCAAUUGGCUCAGACAAUGCUCAAGGCAUUGAUCUGGAUUCAUCCUUCUCAGUUGAUGGAAAGGGAGCUGUGGAGACCAAAGCCUUUGCAGAUUGGAUGAAGAAGAAUCCCUUUGUGAUGUCCUUGUCAUAUUUUGCUGGGGGGUUGCGAGGAGUUCAAAUCCCUGAAAAUGAGUCUGUCCCAACUGAACUGGCCAAAAUCUACAAUUCCAAUUGGAAUCUGGAGGGUCCUGUUCAAGGAUUUAAUUAUGAAGAAGAUGUGAUAGAGCUGCGUGUGGAGCUAGGAUGCUGUGUUGCCCCGCUAAAAGAUCAGCUAGGUGGUAUAUGGCUGCAGCAUCGUGAUGGUAUCUUGGCUAUGCUUCAUAGAGCUCUCUCCACCAUUAGAGGGUUUGUGACUGAUGAACAGGGACAACCAAUCCCUGGAGCCAAGAUUGAGCUUGAAGGAGGGAAGAUGACAAAAUCUUAUCAAAUGGGCCAGUUCUUCCUUUUAUUACCUCCGGGUCAAUACCAUCUCAACGUUAGUGCUUCGGGAUACUAUCCUUCCCGUCAGAUGGUGCUGCUACCUCCAGAUGCAGAGAGAAACCAAACAAGUCUUCAUGUCCAUCUCAAACGGGACCAAACUGUGGGAGGAAUGUCACGCAUGGCUUUCACAUUACUCACAGGGGCACUGUUGAUAGGAGUGUUAUUCGGAUGUAUUCUGUGCUACGUUGGAAGAAAGGAAUGCCGUAAGCGCCGCCGGGAGUAUGGCUUCAAUCAACUCAACAGCAAGACUCUUUUUGAAGAUGAGGACAGUGAUAGCGAGAAUGAACGAUUUCUUCGGUCGCAGAAUUUCAUGAAGGAUGCUCAGGAAAUGGUGUAUCAUGACCCAUCAUCUGAGUCAGAUGAAGAAAUCUUCUUCAAAGAUGGGAAGGAUGUCUUUCGCUGGGUGAAUGCAAUGGUCAAUGCAUUUCGAGUUUCUGAACUCCAAAUGCUUCUGGCAUUUGCUGGAAUAAAUAAGUUAGGGAAGAAAAAUGAGCUGACUGCUAGAGCACUUCAGCUCCUUGACUCUAAAGGUCAUUCAGAGCACCUCAAGAUGAAGAUUAGGGAAUUGUACAGGAUUGUCCGAACAAGCAAUUUGGUAACUCCUCCUGCUCCUGGAGGUCUGAGUGGACCAAAUAUUACACCUCCUCAGAGAACCUAUACUUGCUAUCAGCCAUCCACAGAGGCCCAGCGAGCCUUACAGGGCCAAAAUCCAUACCUUCAGUCAAUGAUAGCUGGAAAUUCCAUGAUAAAUGCAUUGGGACGCCUGCCAGACAGAAACCCUUACAUGGAUCCCAACCGUCCACUGCUACCUGGUGGUGGUCCCAUUGUCACCGCUCAAAAUUCUUCUAAUGCUGCACUUCCAAAUAUGAAGCUCAAGCCCCUUCCCUUUUAUGAAGUCAUUGGUCCAACAGGACCAGAUCGUAACCAAAGCAUCAGAUGUUCCUUCCUGUUGAGUUGUUCCAGGGUGAACAAGAUCACUGAGAACAGGGACAUCACACAGGAACCAAAUCAGAUGUAUCCUUUCCAGCUCCAGUUGAGACUGUGCCUGCGAGAAGGAGGAGUCCAGCCAGAUGCCUACCCACUAAAUCUCAAGGUUCAGCUGAAUGGAGCUGCUGUCCCAUUGCCUCUUUGCUACUUGUGUCCUGCUUUUUAUCACUGUCAUCAUGUGACAAGUCCCUUUGAUCUUUAUUUUGAGCAGCCAAUCAUCCCAGCCACUCGACAAGGGGCAGACAUUCGCCGGCCUCCACGUCCUCUCAAUAUCACUCAUCAAGCAUAUCUUUCACCAAUGCUCUCUAAUGUCCUGGACAUAUUUUGGAGUGCAGAAUCAAACAGAAACUUCUGUGCUUCCAUAUGGCUGGUCCGAAAGAUAACACCAGCUGAGUUGUUGCGGAAGUUGAAGGAACGUGGGUUCCGACCCAUUGAACAUUCCAAGAAUCUCAUUGCACAGAAGCUGGCACAGGAUAUAGAUGAGGAGCUAAAAAUGACUUCCUUACGUGUGAGUGUCAAUUGCCCCAUCACCAAGUCUCGCAUGAACUACCCUUGCCGUGCUGACCCCAACUGCAAGCACAUCCAGUGUUUUGAUGCCCUCAACUACAUCUUUAUGAAUGAAAAGAAGCCAUCCUGGAUAUGUCCUGUCUGUGAAAAGCCUGCACCCUUUGAGGAGCUUAUGCUUGACAAGUAUUUUGAUGAUGUGCUGAAGUCAAACAUUUCAGCUGAAGACAUUGAAAUCAAGGCAGAUGCCACCUGGGUCCCCUUACUUCCAGAAGAUGAGAAGAGGGAUGGGAAAGUUGAUGGCAAAGUUACUUCAACAGCACUCAAUGUCCUGAUGGAAGCAUUUCUCCGGCGGUCAAGGGAAGUUCUGGCAGCUUCUGCGAAAGCUCCAAUUCUCGUCUGCAUUGGCAAUGAAGCAUGUGAUCUUGACUCUUCAGUGUCUGCAGCUACAGUUGCUUAUCUCCUGAGCUUUCGUGAGAAGUCCAGUGCCAGAAAUGUUGUCCCCAUGCUUAAUAUCCUAAGGGAAGAUGUGCCAUUGCGAACAGAGGUUAACUUCUGGUUCAGGCAUAAUGGUUAUGAUGAACAAUUGCUUCUCUGCAGAGAUGACAUUGAUCUUCAUGACCUAAAAAAGAAAGGUCUGUUAAGACUUGCCUUAAUGGAUCACCAUACUCUACCCAAACAAGAUAAAGCUUUGGAGCCAUGUGUUGACUUGAUCAUCGAUCAUCGUGAGCGGGUUGCAACAGUACAGUAUCGACCUGAUACAGAAGUGGUAAUUGAGCCUGUAGGGUCAUGUACUACACUUGUGGCUCAGAGGUUCCUGAAAGACGCUCCAGAUUUAUUAAAGGGAGAUUCAAACCUUGUCAGUCUCCUUUGGGGUACUAUCCUGCUUGACACUGUCAACCUAAGCCCAACAGCAGGCAGGAAGACUGAUAAAGAUGAAGCUGUGAUCUUCGCUCUGGAAAAAAUCAUCGGAACCAAUAUGGGGAAGCUGAAUGCAACCUUGUUGAGGUAUUUGACGAAGGAGGAUUUCCGGGUGCUCACUGCUGGCUUAGGGACUGUUUCUGUGUCCUCAUCUCUAGAUGAUGGGUAUCGACUGACCAACAAUGGUUAUGAUUACCUUGCACUGAAGGCACUGGUAUCACGGAAUGUCAUCUCAGGGGUUGGAAGUCAGAUUGGAGUUGGGAAAGAGUCUGACAUCUAUGUGGUCACAAAUGAAGAGGGAGAACAGCUCUGCCUGAAGAUUCAUCGGUUGGGAAGGGUAUCCUUCCGGAAGAUCAAGGAAAAGCGAGAUUAUCAUGGCAAGAGGCAGAAGGCAUCUUGGAUCUACCUCUCACGCCUAGCAGCUAUUAAAGAAUUUGCCUACAUGAAAGCCCUCCACAACCGUGGAUUUCCUGUCCCAAUUCCAAAAGAUCUGACAGCACCUGCUGAAUCCUUAUGUGGUGAAUUAUGUCUUAGGGACUUCAAUGAAUUUAACCUGAUGCUGAGUGAAGAUGAGAAGCCCAUCCUGAUUGAUUUCCCUCAGAUGCUCUCUACAAGUCACCAAAAUGCCAAAAUGUACUUUGAGCGCGAUGUGACAUGCAUCAGUGACUUCUUCAAGAAGCGGUUUCAUUUUGAAUCUGAGCUCUAUCCAUCCUGGGAUGAUGUCAAACGUACUGAAGAUCUGGAUGUUGAGAUGGAGGCAAGUGGGUUCCGUAAAGCUGUUGGAGGAAGCAAUGAUGAAGAGGAAGAGGAAGAGGAGGAGGAGGAGGAGGAGGAGGAGGAGGAGGAAGAAAAAGGAGCAUCAGGUUGUGAAGAGGAAAAAGAGGAGGAACGUGGUGAAGGAAUGGAAGGGGAAGCAGAGGAAUAUAUAUCUGAUAAGUGUCCCAGAGGGGAUGUGAGGGGAGCUGGAGAUAUGCAAAAGAAAGAGAAAAAUGAAAAUGAGGGAAAAGACAAUCCAACAGUAGGUGAUUCAAGGGUGAAUCAGAUUCCAUCUUCAGAUUCAGAUUCUGUUUGUGGUUUGAGUUUCCAAUUGGAUGAAGGGAGAAGUGAAUGUGGAUACUCGAUGGCCUCCACAAUUGCCCCAAGUGAGAUCAAACGGAGGCUGAAGAUGGAACGAUCAAAACAAAAUGCUCGUGGAUCCAAAGUCAAAUUGAAAGGAGAUUCAUCAGCUGUUCUCCGCAAGAGAAGGGAGAAUGUUCAGAUUCAGUUUGCAUGGAAAGCCAGUCUCAUGUGUCCAUUCAGUCGAGACCCUGAAGUCCUUCAUGGAGUGCUGGAGAAUGUCACUUAUGGAGACCAAAGUGUUCUGGCACCUGCACUUGUUAAGGCAUCUGAGGUUGUUCAAGAUGAAUGGGGCUUCUCUGCAUCCUGUCAGGUCAUCUUAGUGACUGGAACUCAUCUACGGCUGACAGAGAACUCCAGUCGGAAGACACCUGAUGCCUCUUUUGACUCUCUCUUGCUUCCAUUCCCAUUCCCAGCAACCUUGAGCAUUCUCUGUCUUGGUAAUCAUGAUUCAUCUAUACUUUCCCCAACAUCAGUGUUUAUGAAACUGGUGGAACGUGGAGCUACACCUGGUGGUGUAUUUCUGCCCAAGAAGGCACUCAAUCGGCAGAGUUCAAUUCGGAUGGCCCAGGAUCUGGCAGAGAAGUGUUUUGCCUCAUACAGGGGAAUUCUUCACUGUGGGACUCUCACAUCUCAUGUCUCCUUGUCCCCACCUCCUCAGCCACAGAGGCAAGAGAGCGAGAGUGAGCUGUGCAUCAUAUCAAAGGAUCUUUCCAUCUGUGGUUUUCUGCAAAUCUCGGAUGUGUCUAAUCCUCCCUUUGUCUCAACCCAUCUUGUCCUUCCUCUUCUCCCAAGCAAGCAUGAACCAGGGGAACGUGUGGAUGAAGAUGAGGGAAGCGUUGCCAAUGUCUGCGUUCUUCUUCAUGGUGCCCUGAAAGUUCAAAGCAUGGUGGGAUUGUGUGAGGUUGGAAAUGAGUGGUAUGGUCUGAUAUACUCUUGGGCUGAUGGGAAGAAGAAAUCCAAUCUUAUGCUUUCCCUUCUGCCUCCAGGAUCCUGUCCCAUUCCUUGGCUUGGAGAUCUCACAAGGCUCCAUCCAGUUGAAAGUCUGUCCAAGAAUCCCUACGAUUCUGAAAAUUCAAGUCCUUUUCCUCUGAAACCAUCUGACAAGCGAAGCUAUGCCCAGAACUGCAUUGUAUGGAUUCAACCAUCAGGUCUGCAGGCUGAUGUGCAGAAGAUUCUCCGAAAUGCAAGGAAACUCCCAGAGAAGACACCACAGUUUUACAAGGAGGUGAACCGGGUGAGACGUGCAAGCAUUGCCCUGGGCUUCUUUGAACUAUUAGAGGGUCUGGCAAUGAUAUUGGAGAGAGAAUGUCCCCUCUUGCCAGCAUCAGCCCAUCCAGAAUGUGCACUCCAGCUCACACAUGCAGCCAAUGCCCUAAGGCAGCCCUCAAGUCGAGAUCCAAGGCAUCAACUCACUCCCCUCAGGACCCAAUUCAAUGUGAAUAUGGGGCCACAAGAAGCAGAAAAUAAGAUGCAUUUAUUGAGGAAGGCUGAGAAGAAGAAGCCGCAGGAAGAUAAAGCCUUGAAGAGAAGUCAUGCCCAGAAACCCCAUCAUCAAGAAGUCCAUCGUCUACCAUACACAACUUGUCUUCUCUUUGGGGCUGCAUUUCUCAUCGUCCUGUUUGCAUUCUCUUCUUUGGAUCCAGGAGUGAAAGUUCAAUUCAAUGAGAAUCGCUUUAUCUUCACUCCAGUCUCAGAUGGGAUCAGGCUACAGGUUACCUUGUCACAAGUUGAAGUGCUUACAGCUCAUCUUGGAUUGGAAGGGACUUCAAAGAAUGUUGCUCCAACGCACAAAAGCACACAUGAUGGAUGUCAAUUUCAAUAUCGUGAUGGAACAAAAAUGUCUGCCCAAUAUGAGGAUGACUGCAUUCAUGUCCAGUGGCAGGGACAAGAUGAGAGAGAUUUCAAGGAUUGUUUCAACAUUCAAAUUGGUGAUCACUGGUAUGGGGGAGGGGAAACGAUCCAGCAAGAAUGGCCUCUGGAACGCAUAUGGGUCUCUGAGGUUCCUUUUGUUACCAAUGAUAUGCUGAGUUUCAGUGCACGCCAUUUUGGCUCCCUGCUGACAAGCUACUGGAUCUCAUCUCGAGGUGUAUCGAUUCAUGUGUCAAAGGGUGUUCCACUCUUUUUUCGACUGGAGGAGGGACAAAUCUGCCUUGCUGCACGGAAGCGGGAGCCAUACCGCCUCCUCCGUCCAUUUCUUUCUUAUCACCUAUGUGUAGGCAAGAACAUAAAAGAUCUCCAUGUGAAGAAUCAGAAAAAGUUCUUUCAGGUGCCUGGAGAUAUGCCUGAUGAACAGAUGAUUCGACAUCCUAUCUGGACAACAUGGGCACUGUACCACAAAGAUAUCAAUCAGUCCACAGUUCUUGAUUAUGCAAAGAACAUUCAAAAGAAUGGAUUUAACAUCUCACAACUGGAGAUCGAUGAUCACUGGGAGACUUGCUAUGGAGAACACCAGUUUUCCCCUCAGAAAUUCCCAGAUCCAAAGGGCAUGAUCACAGAACUUAAGAACAUGGGGAUCAGGACUUCACUGUGGAUUCAUCCAUUUUUUAAUCCAGAGUGCAAGAUCUUCAAUGAGUCUCAGGUCCACUUUGUGAGAGGAACAGAUGGGAAGGUAGCCACCACAGGAUGGUGGAAUUCUCCAAAUGCAGCAGUUCUGGACACUACAAAUUCAGCUGCUGUUAUCUGGUUUCAAUCCCUUUUGGAAAAACUUCGAAAAGAGAUUGGGAUCCAUUCAUUCAAGUUUGAUGCUGGCGAAAGUCGCUACCUUCCUGAGAAUUACAAGCUGAAUGCAUCAGAGAAUGAUGUUCCCGAGGCAUGGACCCACAAUUAUGUCAAGAUGGCGGCAUCAUUCGGAAACGACAUUGAAAUCCGUUCUGGGCGGGACACCAUGGAUUAUCCUGUCUUUGUCAGAAUUCUUGACAGGGAUUCUCGAUGGGUUGCAGACACUGGCAUCAAGUCUUUGGUGCCUGUGGUUCUCACAUUUGGUCUUGUUGGUUAUCCGUUUGUUCUCCCUGACAUGGUUGGUGGAAAUUCUGACAUUCUUUUGUCAAAUGACAAGGAGCUGUUUAUUCGGUGGCUUGAGGUGAAUCUCCUCAUGCCAUCAGUGCAGAUCUCUAUCCCACCAUGGAUUUGGGAUGAAGAAACCCUGUCUCUGACCAAGAAACUUCUAGAAUUGCGGGCAUCAUUCAUAGAAGAUAUUGUACUGUUGGCCAAGGAAGCUGGGAAAACAGGGAUUCCUAUUAAUCGACCCCUCUGGUGGAUUGCACCCACUGAUUACCAGGCUUUCAUUACGUCUGAUCGAAUUUGGAUGGAAUCCCUUGAGACUCAGUACAUAUUCUCUCCAGUUUCAAAUGGAAUCAAGCUUCAGGUUACCAUGCCUCAGGUGGAACUUCUCACUGCUCAUCUUGGACUUGAAGGGGCUCCAAGGGAUGUUAUUCCCAUUAACAACAACACACCUAAGGAAAGUCAGUUCCUUUAUCCUGAUGGAACACAACUGUUAGCUCAGUAUGAAGAUAACUGCAUUCAUAUCCAGUGGCACAGUCAAGAUGGGAGGGACUUCCAGGAUUGUUUCAGCAUUCAAAGUGGUGAUCACUGGUAUGGGGGAGGGGAAACAAUCCAGCAAGCAUGGCCUCUGGAGCGUGUCUCAGUGUCUGAGCUUCCAUUUGUCACCAAUGACAUGGAUAGCUUCACUUCUCGCCAUUUUGGAUCUGUGCUGACAAGUUACUGGAUCUCAUCUCAAGGUGUAUCGAUUUUUGUAGCACAGGGCGUCCCCCUCUUUUUCCAACUAGAGAAGGGACAGAUCUGCCUUGCAGCCCGGCAACGGGAACCAUACCGCCACCUCCAUCCAUUCCUCUCAUAUCACCUGUGUGUAGGCAAAGACAUGAAGGAUCUUCAUCUGAAAAACCAGAAAAAAUUUUUUAAGGUUCCAGGAGGAAUUCCAGAUGAGAAGAUGAUUCGAUAUCCCAUCUGGACAACUUGGGGACUCUAUCACAAAGACAUUGACCAGUUCAAAAUUCUGGAUUAUGCAAAAAAGAUCCAGAAGCAUGGGUUGAGCAUCUCACAGCUGGAGAUCGAUGAUCAAUGGGAAACUUGCUAUGGAGAACAUAGAUUCUCCCCUCUGAAGUUUCCAGAUCCCAAAGGCAUGUUCAGGGAACUUCACAACAUGGGAAUCAGGACCACACUCUAUAUCCAACCUUUCUUUAAUCCUGAAUGCAAAGUCUUCAAUGAGUCUCAAAGGUACUUUGUCCAAGGAGCAGAUGGGAAGGUGGGCACCACAGAAUGGUGGAAUUCACCAAAUGCAGCAAUUCUAGAUACUACCAACUCAGCUGCUGUCAGCUGGUUCCAGUCCCUGUUGAAAAAAAUUCGUGAAGACUUCGUGGUCCAUUCAUUCAAGUUUGACGCUGGAGAAAGCCGCUUCCUUCCUGAAAAUUAUGUGUUGAAUGCAACAGAGGAUGAGGUCCCUGAGGUGUGGACCCGCAAUUACAUGAAGAUGGUGGCAUCAUUUGGAAAUGCCAUUGAGUGUCGUUGUGGCCGAGACACCAUGCAGUAUCCUGUCAUUGUCAGGAUUAUUGACAGGGAUUCUCAAUGGGUUGCUGAUACUGGCAUCAACUCCUUGAUACCUGCUGUUCUCACAAUUGGCCUUAUUGGAUAUCCAUUUGUCCUCCCUGACAUGGUUGGUGGGGAUAAUUUUGUGCUACUGUCAAAUGACAAAGAGCUGUUCAUCCGCUGGCUAGAGGUAAAUCUCCUCAUGCCAUCAGUUCAGUUCUCUGUUCCUCCAUGGAUUUGGGAUGAAGAAACUGUCUACCUGACCAAAAGACUUCUAGAAUUGCGGGAAGCUUUCAUAGAAGAUAUUGUGAUGUUGGCCAAGGAAGCUGGGGAAACUGGGAUUCCCAUUAAUCGACCCCUCUGGUGGAUUGCACCCAAUGAUCCCCAGGCCCUUGUUUCCUCUGAUGAGUUCUUGCUGGGGGAUAAAGUUCUGGUGGCUCCUGUCUUGGAGAAAGGAAGUGUCUUGAGAGAUAUUUAUUUGCCAAAAGGUCUCUGGUCUGCUUUUAGAAAAUCAGGGGAAGCUUAUGAGGGGCCUCGAGGUCAAAAGCUGCGGUGGUGGUGGUGGCUGUCCCCCAACGCGCGGGCCUACGAUGCAAUGCCAUUCUGGGUCAUAGGCCAGGCCUACAAGGCUGCGCCUUUCCAACACAUCAUCUUUUACUUUAAUUCGAAGAGCCUGAGAGCUGCGGUGGUGGUGGUUGUCACCCCAGUGCGGGAGGCCUACAACACUAUGUCAGUUCAGGCCAAAAGCUAG